AUGUCUGCGUCUCGCCUUCCGAGCGAAACCUGGUGGGAUGCGGCGAGAUUGCCUCUUGGGAUCGUGAUUGGCCUCAGGAUGCUGGUGACUCUGCCUAUCCCGUACCUUCUGAUGGUGGGCAGUGCCCGCUUGGUGACCUCUGAGUGGUUCCUGCACUUGGAGUAUUCUCGCCCUGGAUUCCCGGAAGAUCGCUACGGCAUGAGCCGCGCCAACCGGCUGGAGCAUGGGGUCCAUUGCAUCCGCUUCAUGACCAGCGGCGCGGGGAUUGGCUACCUAAGCAACCUCUCCUUGCCCUUCGACCUUUGCCAGGCACCUCGGCCCCAAACAGCACCUCCGACGCCUUGUCCUAUGUUUUCCGAGCGAGAGCUCCUCCACAUGCAAGAUGUGCAGGCGGUCGCAGGGACGCUCUUUGCGAUUUUCUGGGGCCUUGGGCUCUUGGUGGCGUUCAGUGGAAGCCUCCUGUUUCUCGUCGACUCCCAGGCGUUGCGAUUGGCGCUCCGGCGCGGGAGCCAGAUGACUUUGGUCCUGAUCGGGGCCGUUUCACUUUCUGCAGUGCUGGCAUUCAAAAGACUUUUCCGUCUCUUUCACGAGCUCUUCUUCAAAGGGGGAUCCUGGCUUUUCAAGACGUCAGACACGCUGAUUCGCUUGUAUCCGUCGCAGUUCUGGCUGGACGCAACGCUGGCCAUAUCCUGCUUCACGAUCUUCGGGACACUCAGCAUCCUGCGCAUUUCACGACUUCCUGUUCGCAAGGAGAAGGUUGAAGAUGUUGAGGACGUCGUCUGA